CUUCUCUGGCACAAAGACGAAACUGAAAAUGUCUCCAAACAUGAUUUGCGAAACUCUCCCAUCUUUUUCUCCAAGGCUCACUGUGGCCAAAAGAAAAGAGGCUCUCGAGCUCAGAAAGACAAUGAAACCUUUGAUGGAAAAAAAAAGGCGCGCUCGUAUCAACGACAGCCUGAACCAUUUGAAAAACCUCAUCAUUCCCCUCACUGGCAGAGAUAAGACUCGCCACUCCAAGCUUGAGAAAGCUGACAUCCUGGAAAUGACUGUGAGAUUCCUCAGCGAAAUUCCCCCUGUUAGCACGAAAAAUACUGCAGACAGUUACAGAGAAGGCUUCAAAGCCUGCCUCCAGCGCGUCUCCACUAUGCUUCCCAAAACAAGCCUGGAUCAAGACGCGUGUCAGCGGGUGAACGAAUUCGUUCAGCAGUCCUCCUCCGCCACCGUCACCCCAACCUGCCUGCACUGCUGUGCUCAGAGCUCCAGGACUCUCCCUCAGAUGCAGCAGAAACUCCUGACCCUCAAAUCCAGCUUCAGCUCCAGAUUGGAGAGCCAGUCCCGCGGCAGCAGCAGCAGCAGCGCAGUGGCUCCCAGCCGCGCGCAGCCCGGCCCACAGGCAGUCAGCGCUUCCAUGUGGAGACCUUGGUAGAUUUCUGAUGGCGGGGUCUCCCUAAAGCCUGUGAAAAGACUGUAAAGUGUUUCAUAUGUAGGCAGCAUGUCAAGAAAGUAUCACUUGUAAAUAUGCACAGUGAUUCACCGCCUCGCUUCCGUUGAUGAAAAGCCAGAAUUCAUCGUUUAAUCGAAUCGGUUGAGUAUUAUAUACUUACGUUUAGCGCGAGUCUUUUGUCCUGUAUAAGUUGACAAGUUUAGACAGUCGUAUUUUUUUAAAUCUGCAUGUAUGUAUACGGUAAAUAUUUAGUCCACUUCGCGGACUAAGUGAUUAAGGGCCAUUAAAACAGCCCUGUAAGACCCAAAGGGUCAGUCUGUAAGAAUUUGCACGAAAAACUUCAGAGUACUGAGUCUGUGCAGAUGAACCCUGUAGACAUAUAUUAUGUCAAUGUAAGUAUCUCUGUUGGGAUUUGUUUUAUUUUUGCUAUUUAAAGCAAAUGUUGUAUAUAUGUUGUUCAAAGAAAAAAUAAAACUACAAUGUAGUUGUAAUAUAUUGUGUUGGGUUUUCUUCACACUUUAUGGUCAUUUGCCAGAAUUUUCCAGAAUAUUCGUUUUAAGUAUGGAAUCUUUACGCACAGCCAUAAAGUGAUGUCCUUAUAUGGAAAGCAUUAUUUCGUUGGCACAUUUCAAACACAAGGAUACAUGUACCUUUUUUAUAUUACAGGCACCUAAUUCACACCAAAAACCAAACAGCAUAACGCACACACGAACUAAUGUGUGCUAAGAUGCAUUGUAUUGAAAAGCAACAUAAAACAUUUUGUGAGCCUCCUUCCAACAAUAGGAUCAUGGAAACUAAAGCAUCUCCAGACUUUAAACUGGACCUUAGCAAAGGGCCAUGCUAAACAUUUGUCCUUAUAUGGAUCCUCUUUCUGUUUAAUGAACAAAAGCCCGUGAGGAACAUCUGUGAGGCAGACUGAACAGAAUAAAAACCGUUAGUCGGUGUGACCUCGGGAUGGAUGUUGCGGUCACGAGACACUGCCCCUGCCCUUAUUGUAAUGCAGUAAGUGCGGUCUCUGCUGCCCUCCUUGGAUGGUUGUAGGUAUCGACAUGGUGAUGGUGUCUAUUUCCGUUUCACAAUCCUGUCUUACCCAUUAGCUCUUUGGAAAGCACAGGCCAAUACAUGAUGUAGGCUUAGUGGUUGUCUUUGAAUAAACAUUAUUUGCAAAACAAUUUAGCCACACACACGCUCUUUGCGUUUCUGUGAAGUCCA